UGCUCAGCCGCCAGCCUGCCCUCCUCGACUCGCCGAGGCAAGGGAGACGCGUGUAAAGAGAACGUGGGAAUGCGGGGAUCCGGGCAGGACGGGGGGGGAGAGAAGCGUCCGGGGAAGGGUCUCCAGCCGGUGGGUGGCCAGAGGGAGGGGAGAGGGAGGCCUCGGGGGUUUUCCCGGCUGCGUGUCCGUCGCUUCUCACGAGCCCGCCGCUUCCCGCCCCUUCCAGGCAGCCUUGUUUGGGGAAGCUUUGAAUCUUGGGUGAAUUACUGUGUUUUAAUAUGAUGCUGGAAGCCGCCCAGAGUGGCUGGGGAAACCCAUAAAUAAUAAUAUAUAUAAAAAUAUGAAACUAAAGUUUGUUGGCCUCUAAGGAGCUGCUGGACAUUUUUUAAAUUUUUAAAAAUAUAUUUUGACUGCGUCAGACCAACACGGUUACCUACCUGACCUGAGUAGGUCUAACUCUCUUUCAAAUCAGAACCAGUGAAGGCGGUGAAGGUCCUGUGUGAGUGUCUGGAGGCGGAUGGAGGAUGGAUGGCAGCCAACAGAUUGAGGUUGAAUCCUGACAAGACAGAAGGAUUGUUUUGGGGGACAGGAGGUGGGCAGGUGUGGAGGAUUCCCUGGUCCUGAAUGGGGCAACUGUGCCCCUGAAGGACCAGGUGCGCAGCCUGAGAGUCAUUUUGGACUCACCGCUGUCCAUGGAGGUGCAGGUUAAUUCUGUGUCCGGGGCAGCUGUCCACCAGCUCCAUCUGGUACGCAGGAUGAGACCCUAUCUGCCCGCGGACUGUCUGGCCAGAGUGGUGCAUGCUCUGGUUAUCUCCUGCUUGGACUACUGCAAUGCACUCUAUGUGGGGCUACCUUUGAAGGUGACCCGGAAACUGCAAUUAAUCAAGAAUGCGGCAGCCAGACUGGUGACUAGGAGCGAGACCCCAUAACACCGGUCCUGAGAGAUCUGCAUUGGCUCCCAGUACAUUUCCAAGCACAACUCAAAGUGCUGGUGCUGACCUAGAAAGCCCUAAACGGCCUCAAAGGCCCAGUAGACCUGAAGGAGCGUCUCCACCCCUAUCAUUCAGCCCAGACCAUGACGUCCAGUGCCGAGGGCCUUCUGGAGGUUCCCUCAGUGCGAGAAGUAAGGUUACAGGGAACCAGGCAGAGGGCCUUCUUGGUGGUGGUGCCCGCCCUGUGGAACGCCCUCCCACCAGAUGUGAAGUAAAUAAGCAGCUAUCUUCUCUUUAAAAGACACCUGAAGGCAGCCCUGUUUAGGGAUGUUUUUAAUACUUAAUGCUGUAUUGUUUUUAACACUCGAUUGGGAGCUGCCAAGAGUGGCUGGGGAGACUCAGCCAGAUAGGUGGGGUAUAAAUAAUAUUAUUAUUAUUAAUAAUAAAUCUUAUCAUUAUUAUUAUUCCAGGUUUGUCCUCCCAGGCGCCUGCGAGAGGAGAUCCAGGAUGUCGUCGGAGCCCCCCCUGGGGCCCUGGGGCUGCCCGGCCCUCCGCACCCGCUUGGAGGAGCUAUACCUGCCUCGUGCGAGCGCCGAUGAGCGCGCCCAGUUCUGGACCUUCUUCGAGCGGCUUCGGCGGCGCUUCCCCGGUGCGAAGGAGCCCCGGGAAGGAGGCCCCCCGGCUGAGCCCGGCCCCGGGGCGACGACGCCAGGGCCCCCGCGGCCCUACGACCCCCGGCUGCGUGCCAACCUGCGGGCGCCGCGUCGGGAGGUGUCUGGCGUGGCCCCCGAGCGCCUGCGGGAGUUCCGCGCGGCCCUGGCGCACUUCUGGGACUUUGGCCAGAAGCAGAGCUUCUCCCGCCUGGCGCGGCUGCAGCGGGAGCGCGCUGCCCUGCCUAUUGCGCACUACCGGGAGCGGCUGCUGGCGGCCGUGGGGAGCGGGCAGGUGGUGGUGGUGGCCGGGGACACGGGCUGCGGCAAGUCCACGCAGGUGCCCCAGUACCUGCUGGCCGCCGGCUACAGCCACGUGGCCUGCACCCAGCCCCGGCGCCUGGCCUGCGUGGCGCUGGCCCAGAGGGUGGCCUACGAGAGCCUCCAGCAGUACGGAGAUCAGGUGAGCAUAGGAGGUAUCUUGCAUUUUUAAAAUGGAUGGAUCUUGCUUGCGAUGGUCCAGCUGGCGCAUUUGGGAUCUGUUUUGUUGUUUAGGUGUUUUUCCUUUUUGAUCCUCCGUUCCUAGCCUCCUAUCACCCCUGGGGGCCACAAGGGGAGCUGUUGGUGCUCCGUUUUCCAAAAUUUUUAGUAGCUCUAUCCUUUCGUUUUGGAAUAGAUUUCUUGCUCUAAAAAUAAAAUUUACCAGGUUAUGAUCUAGAAACGUGACUCCACCCACAUCAGCUUCUCAUUAAAGCAAAAAGGCUAAUUGGACAGCGUCUGAAGGACUUAGAGCAACAGAACAAUCUGGCCAUUAUAAAGAAAUUCUGUCCUUGGUAUGCCAUUCCCCCCUUCUCAGUUUGAUUCCCUGGCACCAUAUCUGUAUAAAUUAACUAUCCCAAAAUACAGACGUGCCUUUGCACUGGCCAGACUGGAUGCGAUGCCCUCUGCCGUACUUGAGGGCAGAUCCCAAAAGAUUCCAACUGAGAAACGACUCUGCCCCUGUGGAGAUGGCAAUCUGGAAACAGUGGCUCGUGUUCUCCUGUCCCCUUUAUAAAGAUCUGAGGAAUGAGAUCACCCCCCACUCCUACUCACCAUCCCAGGCCGCCCAUCUGAAGCCACACGGUUCUUUCUUUUACCAGAUCAAAAUGGAUCAGACAGCAGCAAAGGUUGAUCGAGGGUGCAGUGAGAUUAAGGGCCACUAUCUGAACAAUAAUCUUGGCCAUUGGAUUGCCCUUUUUUCCCAUUGCUGUCUUUUUAUUUGUAUAUAUUUUAUUUGUAUAUAUUGCUUGUUUUAUGUUGCUGUGGCCAUUGGCUAAUGUGAAUAAAGUUGAUCUUAUCUUAUCCUGAGCAUAGGCAGAGUGCCCCUUGCUCUACUGCAUCACGUCCAGGGGGUUUCAGGUGGGCUCUUGGAAGAGGGAUGGAGGUUAACAGGAAGAUUUUAAGGAACUAUUAGAAAUGACUCUCAAAAGCAGUAGAGAUAGGCGAUAAUCAGCCCCCCCCCGAACUUGAAGCAUGGGAAGUCCCAAUAAAAAAAUUAUCAUUCGGCAGAAUAUUUGGAUUAUUUGAUAUGCAUAUGUAGAAUUUGGAAUAUUUAAUGUGAUUUGAUUGGAUUGUUAAAAUGGAAAAGUUAAUAAAAAUGAUUUAUAUAAAAAAAGGAAGAGGGCUGGAGCUGGGGAGCGUGAGGACCCAGGAGCAUGUGCAGAGUGCCUGCCGUCAGAGGCACCAAUGCUUCCAGACUGGUGAGGACAGGGGGCUGGGUGAGAUGGACACUGGUCUGAUCCAGCCCUGCUCAUGGGCUGACGAGGUUGUUGAAACCCGCUUUGCCUGUGGAGCUGGUGCGUCCCUGGGGGUCUUGUGUGUCCCUAGACAAGCCCCUCCCUCCCUCCCUCCUUCUGGCCUUCCUGGGGGCUGACCCCCUCUCCCCCCCCCUUGCAGGUUGGCUACCAGAUCCGCUUUGAGAGCACUCGCUCGCCGGCCACGCGGAUCGUCUUCCUGACGGAGGGGCUCCUCCUGCGCCAGGCCCAGCGCGACCCCUCCCUGCCCGGCUACCGGGUGCUGAUUGCGGACGAGGUCCACGAGCGCCACCUGCACAGCGACUUCCUCCUGGGCGUCCUGCGCAGGAUCCUGCCCGCCCGCCCCGACCUCAAGCUGGUGCUCAUGUCGGCCACCAUCAACAUCCGCCUCUUCGCGGACUACUUUGGGGGGGCCCCCGUGGUGCAGGUCCCCGGCCGGCUCUUCCCCAUCACGGUGAGGGGGAGCCCGGAUGGGAGUGGGGGGUGGGGAGGUUGCGGCUGCUUCGGGGGGGGGGGCGGAUCUGUGGCUCAUUUGCCUCAGUAUCCCUGAAGGAGCGUCUCCACCCCGGGCACCGGGGUCCAGAUCCGAGGGCCUUCUUGGUGGUGGCGCCCUCCCAUCAAAUGUCAAGGAAAUAAGCAACUAUCUGACUUUUAGAAGACAUCUGAAGGCAGCCCUGCUUAGGGAAGUUUUUAAAGUUUGAUGUAUUUAUCAUGUUUUUAAUAUUCUAUUGGGAGCCACCCAGAGUGGCUGGGGAAACCCAGCCAGAUGGGCGGGGUAUAAAUAUUAUCAUUAUUACAGUCAUCCCUUGGGGUACAGAUGCUUCAGGUUGUGCGAUUUUGGGUUGCACAGCGCGCCGAACCCGGAAGUACCGGAACAGGUUCCUUCGGGUUUUGGUGCUCGCAUGUUUACAGAAGCACUAAAUUGCGCUUUGCGCAUGCGCAAAAGUGCCGAAUCGCGACCUGCGCAGACGUGGUGCUGCGGGUUUCGAACGUGCCUCCCGCAUGGAUCACGUUCACAACCUGAGCGUCCACUGUAUGAUGAUGAUGAUGAUGAUGAUGGUGAUGGUGAUGUCUGGGGACCAGGGGCUCUGAACAGGCCCUGCCCCCCCAUUGCAAGUAAACCUCUUUUGGGGGGUUCCCUUGCAGGAGACUCUUUAAUUCGGGGAGUGAUGGGACAGCAAAGGAAGGCAGGAAAAGGCUGUGCAAGGAGAAUGUAUGGGCCUAUUUUCACUCCAGUUUCUUAUAAGGCCCAUGCAGUGCCAGGGGGUUGGGCUGGAUGACCUUGGGUUCCCUUCCAACUGCACAAUUCUCAGUUAUUCAUGUGUGUUGGGGGGGGAGGUUUUGCUCUCUCCUCGAACCCUCGCCCUUUGACUGCCCCUUCCACAACUUCCUAAUUUGUGCCCUAUCUCCGGAAACCGCCCCUGUGUUUCCCCAUCUUCACUUCUGUAACGUUGAGGGCUAGAACCUUGCAGUGUGCGGCAGUGGUUGUGUCGUGGUGAAGAGCGCCGGAGGCCUGGGCUCAGAUCCACCCAUGUGGGCAUGCUGCCUCUCUGGGCGUGAUCUACCUGGCAGGGUUGUAUUGUGGUGGGGAUUCCACGGGGAGGGGAGCGUGCCCCCCCUUGAGCUCCCUGGAGACGGGCUACGAAGGGAAGGAACGGCUGCCCGGCUGGGGAAGGGCCAGGCAGGCCCAUCCCGGGCCGGCAGCAUCUCACGGCUUGCCUCCUCUCUCCUCCCCCUUGCACAGGUCCUGUACGAGCCCCUCCGCCCCGAGGAGGGCGCUGGCGGGCGCAAGGAGAGGCUGGACCCCCGCCCCUUCCUGCGGGUGCUGCAAGCCAUCGACCACAAGUACCCCCCCGAGGAGAGGGGCGACCUUCUUGUCUUCCUCAGUGGGGUGGCCGAGAUCGGGGCUGUCGUGGAGGCGGCACAGACCUACGCCACCCACACCCAGCGCUGGGUGGUUCUCCCUCUCCACAGCACCCUGUCCGUGACCGAGCAGGACAAGGUGGGUGGGGCUUCUUUGGGGGGCUGCCCCUCCCAGCCUCCCUGGAAGAGGGGGGGCGUUGGGUGCCUGCCUGGGGGACCCUUUUAAAAAAACCAGAUUAUCGAGGGCUCUGCCCGCAGGUGCCCCGUCCCGAGGCUCCCUUGGCGCACGUGGGUCGUUCCCCGUGGGCCCUGGAGGUGUGGAAUGCCCUCUUGCCUUGCAGGUAUUCGACUUGCCCCCCCCAGGAGUCCGGAAGUGCAUCGUUUCCACCAACAUCGCCGAGACCUCGGUGACCAUCGACGGCGUCCGGUUCGUCGUGGACUCGGGUAAGGGGCGGCCGCUUCUGCCCCGGACUCUGGGGGGCAGCUGGUUUGAAUGAAUUUUUAUUUGCAUCAGCAAUAAAGCAACAAUACAGUAUACAAAGAAUGGAAAUACAAAGUCAAUUAUAUAAAAUACAUUUUGGGGUUUUGAGUCCAUAGUCAAAUACCAUAUUUUUCGCUCUAUAAGACGCACUUUUCCCCCUCCUAAAAAGUAAGGGGAAAUGUGUGCGUCUUAUGGAGCGAAUGCAGGCUGCGCAUCUAUCGCUGAAGCCAGAACAGGUUGAAGCUAAAUCCUUCGCAGACAGAGGUCCUGUGGCUGGGUCAGGACAAUAUGGGAUGGGGGGGGCAACUCCCAUCUCUUGCGGGGGCGCAAUCAGUGCCAGCACCGUCCGUUAAGAGUUUGGGUGUAAUCUUCAACACCUCCAUUUCCAUGGAGGCGCAGAUUGCAGCUAUAACAAAGGCGGCGUUUUUCCAUCUCCACCAAGCUAAGCAGUUGGCUCCUUACCUCUCUCGCCCUGACCUAGCCACUGUGAUCCAUGCAACGGUCACCUCCAAACUGGAUUAUUGUAAUUCGCUCUACGUGGGGCUGCCCUUGAAGCUGACCCAGAAACUCCAGCGGGUGCAGAAUGCUGCGGCGAGACUCCUUACGGGGUCUUCGCUGCGAGAUCACAUUCACCAGCUGCACUGGCUCCAGGUGGAGUACAGGGUCAGGUUUAAGGUGCUGGUUUUAACCUUUAAAGCCCUAUACAGCCUAGGACCCUCGUACCUACAGGACCGCCUCUCCUGGUAUGCCCCACAGAGGACCUUAAGGUCCACAAAUGACAACAUUUUGGAGGUCCCAGGUCGCAAGGUGGUUAGAUUGGUCUCCACUAGGGCCAGGGCCUUUUCAGCGCUGGCCCCGACUUGGUGGAAUGCUCUGUCACAAGAGACUAGGGCCCUGCGGGACUUGACAUCUUUCUGCAGGGCCUGCAAGACAGAGCUGUUCCACCAGGCCUUUGGUCAAGGCACAGCCUGACCCAUUCCUUUGGUAAUUUUUCAGAGAACUCUAGCCCAAUGGUUGCCAUUAAUCUGAUUUGAGCUGAUUUUAUAAUGAAAUGAUUUUAGAAUGUUGUAUUAUUUUACUGUUGUUAGCUGCUCUGAGCCCGGCUUCGGCUGGGGAGGGCGGGAUAUAAAUAAAUUAUUAUUAUUAUUAUUAUUAUUAUUAUUAUUAUUAUUAUUAUUAAAAUCUGAGCACCCCUUGAUUGUAGCAAAGCUGUUUGCAAAAAGAUAAAAUAAUAAAUUUUCAGGAAAAAUUCACACUAGUUUAGCGCAUACAGAAAGUACUGGAACGGGUUUAAAUGCACAUCAGCUUCCUACUGUUAAACAGGCUGGCAGGUCAACUGCCCCCCAGUUAAUGCGACUUAUGGGGCAAGGGGCCCCCUCUUCCUGGUCUCUCUCUGGCAGGGAAGGUGAAGGAGCUGAGCUACGACCCGAAGGCCAAGCUGCAGCGGCUGCAGGAGUUCUGGAUCAGCCGCGCCAGUGCCGAGCAGCGCAAGGGCCGGGCGGGCCGGACGGGGCCGGGCGUCUGCUUCCGCCUCUACGCCGAGUCCGACUACGACGCCUUCGCCCCCUACCCCGUGCCAGAGAUCCAGCGGGUGGCACUUGACGCCCUCGUUCUGCAGGUGGGCAGAGGCGGGGGGCCCGACCCCUUCGCCCCAGGGGCUGGGACCCACUUUUGCUUAAAAUCUUUUUCUAAAUUAAAUUUCACGUUACAGAUUUAAAUUAACAACAUCCAUUAGGAUCAUUUGACUCCCCUUCGCCCUUCCAUGCUUACCAUUCUCCAUCUUAUUUUUCUCAAAUAAUCCAUUUUUACCUUCAUUUUUAGUGCCUUACAAGCGUUACUCAAAUCCUGCCAAAGUUUCCAGUUUUAAAUGGGCAGCUGCCUGUCAGGGAUUCCUGCAUUGCACGGGGGUGGACUAGAGGACCCUCUGGGGUCCCUCCCGCCUCUACAAUUCUGCAACAUCAAAGAGGGACCCCUUCAAUGGAGGGUUUUUGAGCAGAGGUCGGGCGGUCGUCGAUUCUUUAGCUGAGAUUCCGGCAGUAUUUUGGGGUUGGACUAGAAGACCUUCAGGGGUCCCUUCCAUCUCUUCAAUUCUUUGAUUUCAGUGAUGGCAUUUGUGGGUGAAAUGGCUGUUCUGACCAGGGCUGGAUUGAGGUUUGAUGCGGCCCUCAGCUCCUGAAGGCAAUGGGGCCCUUUCUAUGUCCAGCUGGCCUUUGUCGACAGCAAAUCAUCACUGUUUUUCUGUUGAAUAUAUGCUAGAUGGUCAUUUAUGGACUUCAUAGGUAUCUCAAUCCGUUUGCCCAUGUUGCCCUGCAACCAGUCCAUGCAGAUUGUGGGCACCCUAUAUAUAGAAAGAAGCAAAGCAGGGAUAUUUGAGGGAGCAGACGAGCAGGCGGGGCCCAGGACUUACAUCAUAGGAGCUGACACAAUACACUGUUGCUGGAUGUAGGUUUUAUUUGAUUCGUUUUUUAUACGAUAAUCUUUAUUGUCAUUGUCCCAUACAGAACAACAAAAUUGAAAAAAUGUACAUCAAACAUUCAGAAACCAACAAGCCUGCUAUCCCAGCCUGAUUAACCCCCUAAAAACUCUGAUACCCCAUAAUUAAAUACAAUAUACUCCCAUAGAGACUCCUUACAUUGCGUUUAAAACCAAAAUCGCAUUUGGAUUUUAAAACCAAAAUCGCUUAGUAUCUUAUAUUUUGGAAAAGUACAUCCAGUUUUUUCCCCUUAAAUUUUUUUGGGGGCCCCCAAGAGAGUGAGGCCCUAAGCUAGAGCUUAUUUAGCUGAUACCUAAAUCUGGCCAUGGGUCUGACACAUAGCGAGUGGGAAGGCAGGCGACAUUCCCCAUAGCUGGUAGAGCGAGAGACUUCUUCUCAGGGUCGUGGAUUCGAGUCUCCCGUCAGGUGGAAGAUUGCAGCGGGUUGGGCUGGAUGGCCCUCGAGUUCCCCCCCUCCCAGCUCAACAAUUCUGUGAUUCUUUGUCGGAGAGGAGGGGCUGCGUCCUGCUGCUGGGGGGGGAGGGAGGGAUUUGGCAUUGGGGGACGGUGGAGGAAGCCUCCCUCCUGGGCUCUGUUGCCCCCCCAGAUGAAGAGCAUGGGGCUGGGCGACCCCCGCGCCUUCCCCUUCCUGGAGCCCCCCCCGCCAGCCAGCCUGGAGACGGCCAUCCGCUACCUGAAGCAGCAGGGGGCCCUGGACCCAGAGGAGAACCUCACGCCCAUCGGGAGCCUGCUGGCCCAGCUGCCGGUCGACGUGGUGAUUGGUGAGUCCGGGAAGGGGGGGCCGCAUGGACUGGGGAGGGCGUCUGUGCCAGUCACCCACAGGAGCCUCUGCCGGAUGCCCAGCUCUUUUGAUUUUGCUUUGGGUUUAUGUGCUGUGGCGUUUCGGAGUGAGCAUGUACAGAGUGCCUUGGGGAGACUGCCCGGGGGGGGGGGCUGAAAGCGGGGGCAUCUCUCCCCCUCCCCAUGCCAGGAAUCUUAUUCUGGGUGAGAGCCGGUGGUGUGGUUAGAGGGUUAGGCGGAGAUCAGGGGAGACCAGAGUUCGAUUCCUCCCACUCGGCCAUGAACUUCUUAUUUUAUUUUAUUUUAUUUUAUUUAUUAUACAACAUUUAAAAUACACUUAAACAAGACAAUAUAUGCAAAACAUACAUUACAUACAUUACCGUAAUACAUACCUAACGUAGACACACCUUACACAUUUGACUUCCCACUCUUUGCAAUGUGCUAUUUUACCUCUUAUUGUCCUAUACACAUUUCAUUUUAAUUCUUCUUCUUUUACAAAUCCUUUUUCCCCCUAACCAGAUUUUGCUAUGCAUUUGCUCUAUUUUUUAGAUUCAUUCUAUAUCUGUCAGGAGAUUUACCUUAUCCGUAUAAUUUUUAAGAUAUUCCUUAAAUAUUAUAUUAUAUUAUACUUUUCAAGUUUAUACAUUUCACUAAUUUUACACAUUUCACUAGUUACUGGCCACGAGCUUCUUACUGGGUGCCCUGGGGGGGGCAUUCAGGGGGCAUUCACUGCCUCUCCUCCUGGCCUGCCUUCCAGGGCUGCUGUUGUGGGGAUUAAGUGAGGAACGUUGGAGGAGGCGCUUCCUGGGGGGGCGAAGGGGCUCCUGCUCUCUGGCUGAGACCCCCCCCCGUUUGUCUGCAGGGAAGAUGCUGGUUCUGGGGACCCUCUUUGGCCUGGCGGCCCCCACCCUGUCGGUCGCGGCUGCGCUCAGCGUCCCCUCCCCCUUCCUGCGCAGCAGCAGCGGGCGCAGCGACCCGGACUGCGCCACGGCCCGCCGGCCCCUGGAGAGCCCCCUGGGAGACCCCCUGACGCUGCUCAACGUCUUUGACGCCUGGGUGCAGGUGGGUGAGGAACGCUCUCUCUCUGCCUGAUCUGGUAAGGCCUUCUCUUCUGAUGGAGCCUGCAGCUCCAGGGGCAGUCUAUCUGGAGUCCUGGGUUUGGGGGGGGCAUUUGGCCAAGGGGAGAAGAGGAUUCUGGACUGGAUGGUCCCCCUUGGGCCUGAGGAAGAAAGGGUCUCUUCCUGGGUUGGUUAUUUUGUUUUGUAUAAUUUUUACUAAAUUUUCUGUUUUGCGUUUCAGAAUAUUCAUUUAAACAACCUUAAAAUAUCAAUGACUUCCCUUCUUCACUUUCCAUGGUUCAUUUUGCAUAUCCUAAAUCCCUGCGUAUUUUACAUAAACAAAAACCAUUCAGUAUUCCAUUAUAACAUCCAUCAAAACUUAUUUACGCUGUUGGAUUUAUCUUAAUGCCUCCCACGUUUGCAAACGUACAUAAUUCCCCCCAUAUAUUCAACAAACAUCUUCCAAUCUUUUUAAACAUAAGUUCUUCUUGCUCUCUUAUUUUAUAUGUCAAAUCUUCAUAUUCUGUCCACUUAAGUUGCCAAUCCUCUUUAAUCGGGACCUUGCUCGUUUUCCAUUUUUUCGGCUAACGAAACACGGACCGCAGUAGCGGCAUACAUAAAUAACCUUUUUUGACACCUGGGAAUUUCAGUCUGAAUUACCCCCAACGAAAAGAACCGGGGCUCUUCCUGAGUUUCUCCCUUCUGGCCUUUGUCCCUGCGCUCGUCUGUCUCGGUCCGUCCUGACGGAGUCGAAUCUCCUUGUUGUCCUGCAGGAGAAAUCGGAGAAUCGGAGCGGAUCCCGCCGCUGGUGCCGCCGACGGGGCCUGGAGGAGCACCGACUCUAUGAAGCCGCCAACUUGCGGCGCCAGUUCCAGGUGGGUGUGAAUCUGGGAGAGGGGAGGACAAGGGGUUGGUCUACGUGGCCCCUGGGGUGCCCCUUCCGAGCGCACAAUCCCUCUGUGUCCAGGGCAGCUGUCUGCCAGCUUCAUCUGGUGCGCAGGAUAAGACCCUCCCUGCCCGCAGACUGUCUCGCCAGAGUGGUGCAUGGUCUGGGCCGAUUUGUGGCUUGGGCCGAUUCACGGUCCCACAGACGCUGCGGUGGGCUGGAGUGUUCACAUGCAUGCGCAAAUGCUAUUUCUGGUGCAGAGGAGGCGUGCGCCGGCCAGUGUCAUGGAAGGCGGUCCCUGCUCUGCGACUGAGCGGGCGGCAGGGGUCCAUGGCACUAAAUGGCCUUAGUGCAGUAGACCUGAAGGAGCGUCUCCACCCCCAUCGUUCUCCCGGACACUGAGGUCCAGCUCCGAGGGCCUUCUGGUGGUUCCCUCCCUGCGAGAAGCCAAGUUACAGGGAAGCAGGCAGAGGGCCUUCUCGGUGGUGGCACCCGCCCUGUGGAACGCCCUCCCAUCAGAUGUCAAGGAAAUAAAUCUGACUUUUAGAAGCCCCUAAAUAAUAAACAACGCGGGUGGCGCUGUGGGUUAAACCACAGAGCCUAGGACUUGCCGAUCAGAAGGUCGGCGGUUCGAAUCCCCGUGAGGGGGUGAGCUCCUGUUGCAGCUCCUAGCAGUUCGAAAGCAUGUCAAAGUGCAAGUAGAUCAAUAGGUACCACUCCAGCAGAAAGGUAAAUGGUGUUUCCGUGUGCUGCUCUGGUUCGCCAGAAGCGGCUUAGUCCUGCUGGCCACAUGACCCGGAACCUGUAUGCCGGCUCCUUCGGCCAAUAAAGCGAGAUGAGUGCCGCAACCCCAGAGUCGGCCACGACUGGACCUAACAGUCAGGGGUCCCUUUACCUUUACUAAAUAAUAAUAAUAAUAGUAAUAAUAAUAAUAAUUUUUGCUAUUCUCUGCCAGGAGCUGCUGCGGGACCACCAGCUGCUGGAGCCCCCCUCCCGGCCCAGCGACACCCACGCCCGCCAGAGCCGCCACCGCAAGCGCCGGGAGCUGCAGCGGAUCAAGAGGGAGCACGAUCGGGGGGAGGGGCGGCGGAGGAAGGUGCUGCGUCUGGAGGAAGAGGGGGGCAGCUCUUCCUCGGAAGGGGAAGGGGACCCCCAGCGUGGCGUCGACAUCCAGGUGAGGGGUCCGGACGGGGCCCUUCCCCUCAGGGGCCCGGCUGCCGGGCUCUUCCUCUGUUCCCAUGAAGCCUCCCAGUGUAGCGUUCCCAAAGCAAGGAAGGAUUGGACUCUGAUGAAUAGAAUACACACCAGGCUUGACCAGCAAGAUUCUGGGAGGAGUGUCAAUAAUAAUAAUUCCUCCCCACCCCUCGGCCCAGGUCGUUUUAUUCGCAAAAGAACUUUUGACACAGUGUUCGUAAGAACCAAUCCGAUAUCCUCUGAGCAUUGCAAAAACCUCACAUGGGACAAAGUCAGAUCAGGAGAAAUCCUGUUAACUACAAAGACUACUCUGAGCGUGCAGACAUAGCUGAGAGAGAAUAAAACAGGACUAGAGGAAUGCAUUCAGCAAACCCAGAGGUCAUAAACAGCAAUAAACAAGAGAGGAAGGAUGGGUAGAAUUUACCUUCUCUUUGUGAACUCUCUUCCUGGCCCUAAGAUCUAUCUAAAGAUUAACAAACCUCAUCAAAGUAACCUAUUCACGUUAUGGCCUGGGAUGCCUGGGGCCGCAACCGGCAACCGGUCUGUGUCCUAGAAUGCUUAUAUGUGCUUGUCAGAGAUGGAGAAAUGGGCAGCAGAGAAAAAUGGCAGAGAUGGAGAGGCUUGUGGGGUUUGAUCAGAAAUUAUUGCCAAUGAAUCAAACCCAGUCAAUGCCAUGCUUUCAUCGCCGAAACAACGGCUUGAGGCAUAGCUCACCGUAUUUUUCGCUCCAUAAGACGCACCUAGUUUUUAGAGGAGGAAAACAAGAAAAAAAAUAUUCUGAAAGAAACAGUGGAUGUAUGAUUUUUGUGGUUCAUGCUGUGGCCACAGACAUGUGAUUUGACGGUGGGUUUGGGGUAGCCCAAUGCAAAAAUCCUGAGAAUCCAUGUGGAUCCGUGCUUUGUAACCACGUUUUUGCACCAUUGCGGCCCCACAAAACAGUGGGUGUGUGGUUUUUUUGGUGCAGGCUGUAGCCAUGGACAUGCUAUGUGAUCUGAUGGUGAGUUUGGGGUGACCCAAUGCAAAAAUCCUGAGGAUCCAUGGGCUUUUACCUCCCCAUCCCAGGCAGCCUCCUUUAUCUCUAGCGUCCCUGAUCUCCUUCCCGAUCCAUUACCGAUCAGCUGCUUCCUUUCAACACUCCCUUCCGUCUUGUUUGCCUUAGUGUCUUUUCCUUAACUGGAGCAGUUUUUUGCUCCUCCUUUUCUUCCAAUUUCUCUCCUUAUUCCUUUAGUCUUCCUGUUUCCCCCCUUUGUAAGUUUGCUGUCUUUACCUCCCCCCUCCCAGGCAGCCUCCUUUAUCUCUAGCAUCCCUUAUCUCUCUCCCGAUCGGCAAACGAUCAGCGGCUUUGUUUCAAUACCCACUUCCCUCUUUAAAAAUAAAAAGCAUGAUCUGCUUUUCGCCCCUGGGCAAUUUGGCUCCAGGGACCAUGCAUUCGCUCCAUAAGACGCACAGACAUUUCCCCUUACUUUUUUAGGAAGAAAAAAGUGCAUCUUAUGGAGCGAAAAAUAUGGUAUAAUUCCUCAUAGUAAUCCCAUCUGAUCACUACAGCCCAGUCCAGAGGCAGCCUACCUCGGUCCCUAGGUCCGUGGGGAUCUCUUCCCGCACCUCGGCCCCCCUGAUCCUCCUGCUUCCCCCCCCAACAGGACGUCAAGUUCCAGCUGCGCCACGAUGUGGCCGAGCUGCGUGCGGCCUCUUCUGUGGGGCAGGCCCUGUCGCCCGGCCGGCUGGCCCUCCUGCAGCUGGUCUUGGGGCGCGGCCUCUACCCGCAGCUGGCCGUGCCGGACCCCUUCAACCAGACCCGCAAGGACUCUGACCAGGCGAGUGCCAGGGCCCCCAGUGGGUGGGGGGAGCUGGGAGGGUGCUGGGCCAGGAGGGGCCUCAGGAAGCAGCCCCCCACCCUCUGUCUGCGUGUGGGCGCCUUGCCCCCUGCCCCCACGCUGAGCCCCCCUCCUUUUUGCUCCCCAGAUCUUCCACACCAGGGAGAAGGUGGGGGUCGUUCUCCACCCCACCAGCGUCUUUUCUGCCUCCCCAGAGCUGCUGCAACCAGCACAGGAAAGGGGUCUGGAACGUGGGGGGCAGAGAGGUAAGAGGGGUCCCCCUGCCGCCCCCCCUCCAGGCAUCGGGGGCUCUCAGCAUCUUGGGCUCCUGCAUCCUGGGCCAGGGGAGACACUUGGGGGGCAGAGUGGGGCGGGGCAUGAUCCUGUACUGGGUGGGAAUGAGCAAACUCAGCCGUGGGGAAAAGUUGGAGCCAGGGCUGCGAGUGCGAGUUUGAUUGAAGCGGGAAUUGAAGUGGGUGGCCGAUUCCUGGAGGUUUUUAAGGAGGUCUGUGUCCCUUCCAGCUCUGCAGUUUUUAAGCAGAGGCAGGGGGCCCACCUGCCAUGGAUGCAAAGCAGGGGGUUGAGCUGGAUGCCCCCUUGGGGUCCCUUCCAGCCCCACGGCGAUGCUGUUCUGAGCGCCUGCUCUGUCGGACCCAUCUAGCUCAGCCUCCAGUCUGGGGGAAUGUUGUGGAUAGUAGGAGAGGAUCUAUUGAUUAAAUAUUAUCCUUCUUCACUCACGCUGGUGAGUCAGUAGCAGAGUACAUCCCCCAGUAUAUAGCAGGAAACUAGGUGGUAGAUUCAUUUGAAUCUCUUGAGUUACGCCAGGCAUAGGCAAACUCAGCCCUCCAGCUGUUUUGGGACUACAACUCCCAUCAUCCCUAGCUAACAGGACCAGUGGUCAGGGAUGAUGGGAGGUGUAGUCCCAAAACAUCUGGAGGGACGAGUUUGCCUAUGCCUGGAGUUAAGCAUUCCAGUCUGGCUUUGUCCAGAUUGGGUUUUGUUCCUGGUAAAUUUCCUUUUUAUCCCUCCUAACAAGAAUAAACACACAACAAUCUUCUUUAAUAGUAAUGAUAAGCAGUUUACUCACAUUCAGUUCACAGUUGGUUCCCUGGAGGAAGACUUUAGCUUGUAGUUACAGAAGAGAGUUCAUCCCAUAUGGGGAUGGAGCCAUGUGUUGCUGGCUGAGAGCCAGCAGACAGCAAAAGACAUCUAGGUGGAAUAAAGCGAAGAAGAAGGGAAGGUGGCUGCAUGACCAGCCCUGUUGUGGGGUCUUACAGCCCAUCUAGUCCAGCACCCUGUUCUCACCUUGUGGUCAAAUACCCACAAGAACCUAGGAAGUGAGGUAGACUGCCUCUGGACAUGGAAGCUCCAUGAGAACGUGAAAGGAGCUUGCUGGGGCUGAGCGUGGGGCAGCCUGUGAACCUCUCCUUCCCUCUUUCCAGAUGCCAAGGAGGGUCUGAGCAGCCACCACCAGAUCCUGGCCUUCGUCUCGCUGCUGGAGACAAACAAGCCCUACCUGGUCAACUGCCUCCGUCUGCCAGCUCUUCAGGUGAACGUCCCCCCUGAGUGAGGGGACCCAGGCGUCCUGGCCCUCCCCUCCCCUCAAACACCCGGGCAGCUCUUUGGCAGAGCUCUGGUGGCUGUCUGCUGAGGAUGCCACAGCUGUGACUCCUGCCUCGCAGGGGGUGGGGCUGGAUGACCCCUGGGUGUCCCCUGCAAUCCUGUCUCCCCCUGCCGCGCAGGCGCUGCUGCUCUUGGCCCGCUCCCUGGACACGAACGGCGACUGCACCCGCCUCGUGGCCGACUCCUGGCUGGAGCUGCGGGUUCCCUCCCCGGAAGCGGCCCUCCGCCUGCUGCGUGCGGCCCUCCGCCUCCGGGCUUCCUGGGAGAAGGUCCUGGACCGGCAGCUGGAGAGCCGAGGGGCUCGGGGGGAGGAGGCUGAGGAGGGGCGGCCCAGCGCCCGGCAGGUGCGCCAACUCACCCAGGAGCUGCUGGACUUCCUGAAGGCCGAGGUGCGUUUGCUGGCCCUGCGGGGCGGGCAGAAGCGGGUGGGGGCCGGCUGGGCCGGGGGGCAUGUCUGUGGCUCCUGGCUUCCAUGCAGGAGGCCCCAAGUGGCUGGAGACCGCAGGAGGGGAGGUCGGAUCCUGCUUCCGGGCAUCUCCCUAGAGACCCCAGGUGCAGCAGCUGGGCUUCCAGAUCCAGAAGUGGAGGGCCUUCUUGGUGGUGGCGCCCGCCCUGUGGAACGUCCUCCCACCAGAUGUCAAGGAAAUAAAUCUGACUUUUAGAAGACAUCUGAAGGCAGCCCUCUUUAAGGAAGUUUUUAAUGUUUGAUGCUUUAUUGUAUUUUUAAUAUUCUGUUGGGAGCUGCCCAGAGUGGCUGGGGAAGCCCAGCCAGAUGGACGGGGUAAAAAUAAUGAAACAAUGAAAUGAUGAUGAUGAUGAUGAUGAUGAUGUCACCCAUUCUCUGAUUCCCUGGCCAGUGAGAAGUUCCAGGGUCAGGGCGAUGGAGCGUGGAUUUGGUCUCCUUUGGAGGAGACAGCACUGGAAAUUUAACCCUGCCAUCGUUUGAUGCUUAAUUGUCUUUUUAAUAUUUUGUUGGGAGUCGCCCAGAGUGGAAACCCAGCCGGAUGGGUGGGAAAUCAACUAACUAACUAACUAACAAUAAUGAUUCCUCUGCUGCCCCCCCAGGUGCCCCACAGCCUGCGGCGCCUGAUGCCCCUGGAGCAGCAGAACCUCUACGUGGGUCCUCAGGCGGCCUCUGUGGGAGGGGAGGUGCCCCCCGGCCUCUUCCAGGGGGUGGAGGUGGCCCCCGACAAGGAGAAGGGCGGCUGCAGAGUGGGCAGCUUCUUGACGUUCAACUGCCUGGCGGUGAGUUCAGGGGAGUGGGGAGGGGGCACCCAGAGGCCACGUAGCCCAACCUUCUGCGGCGCAGGAGCGCUCUUUGUCCUCUGGGGGUGGAGGGGGGGGCAGGCGAGGGGGCAGGCCGGAGCCUGGCUGUGGGGCGCGGAGCCUGCCCCUCCCUUGCCGGGGGGUGGGGUGGCGCCAACCCCUCUUGGCCCCUCCGUCUCCCGCAGGGCACAGAGGGCGACCUGUACAGCGACUGCCUGCGCAGCUUCUGGACCUGCCCUCGCUGCGGCCUCUACAUGCCCUUCACCCCCAUGGAGCGCCUGGCUCACGAGGAGGCCUGCCAGGCCCCAGGCCAAGAGGGGGAGCAGCCCAGCCGGGAAGGUGAGCCCCAUGGGGGGAGCAGGGGGAGGUCGCUGGGACUUUGCAGUUUGGGGGCUUGCGGGGGGGUCUUUCUGGGGGGCUGGGAGGGACUUUGUUCUCUAAUAAUAAUAAUAAUUUUUAUUUACACCCCGCCCUUCCUGGUUCAAAAACCGGGCUCAGGGCGGCUAACAACAAAUUUAAAACACUUACCGUAUUUUUCGCUCUAUAAGACGCACUUUGUCCCUCCUAAAAAGUAAGGGGAAAUGUGUGUGCGUCUUUUGGAGCGAAUGCAGGCUGCGCAGCUAUCCCAGAAGCCAGAACAGCAAGAGGGAUUGCUGCUUUCACUGCGCAGCGAUCCCUCUUGCUGUUCUGGCUUCUGGGAUGUGGCAUAUUUUUUUCCUUGUUUUCCUCCUCCAGAAACUAGGCGCGUCUUGUGGGCUGGUGCGUCUGAUAGGGAGAAAAAAUGCUGUAAUUAUAAAAGCAGCAUAAAAUACAGUAUAAAACAUGAAUAACAAUAAAAUUCAAAAUUCAAAAAUCAGUUUAGGGGAAAUAAGCAUUAGAUAAUCGCCAGGGCUAGCUGGCUGAAUUGGUCCUGCUUGGGCCAGCGAGGAGGCCAGGGGAGAAUUAGCUGUGGGGUCUCAGAGUGGGUGAGGGAAGGGAAGGGAAAUCAAAGACCAGGUUCUCUGCGAGAGAAGAGCUCCGGUUCUUCGUCCCGCGAGAAUUUUCACAGCGCGGUUUGCAGAGAGGGUGAAAGGACCGCCAGAGACGACUCUUGGAAACAUUCAAAAUCAAGAAUAAACCAAAAGCAGAUCAGGAUGUGAAGCCGCACUUGACACGCCUGCGGCGCCUUGUCUGAGCCGGGAGGUUUUGGGGCAGUGCUGCGAAAAGGCCUCCCUGAUUUCAAGAGGCAGGGAGUUCCGCAGUGCAGGCACUGCCCCGCUCAAUCAUGGCGCUUUUACAAAUGCAGAGCAGGAAUCACGAGGCACCAGGCGCUGGAUCGAAGCGGAGGAGGGGGGAUAAAUAUCUGGUGGGAGGCGACCUUGCAGGCAAACUGGUCCCAGGUUGUGAAGGGCUUUAUAUACCAACGGCGACACCUUGAACCCGGGCCGGGUGGCAAAGGGGCAACCAGCACAGAUCCCUGAAGUGCUGGCAAGGCCUCCCUCCCGUCAGCAAUCUCGCUGCAGCAUUCUGCACCAGCUGCAGCCUCCAGACCCGGAGCAAGGGGAGCCCCCCGCUGCACGUUUUGGGGCGCUGUGUUUUGUGUGAGUUUUCACAAGUUUCUUGCUCCUCCCCAGAAGAGGAAACGGAGACCCCAUCCGGCACCUCUGCCCUGCAGCGCCCGUACCACUGCCCCGCCUGCCAGCAGAGCCUCCUCCUCACGCCCACCGAGAUCCUGCGCCACCGGAAGCAGCACCAGGCGCCCCCCUGACAACAGCGCCACUGGCG